UUAUAUACUAUAUAGAUGCAGUCACAAUUAUUGAAGAGUCUACCAUUUUGUCGUAUUCACAAGAUUAUAUUUCAUUUGACAGAAAGGCACCAAUAAUGUUCUAACCCCAAUACCUACUCCGCAGAUAACAAUUGCGCGACCGUACGUCAAAUAUCUCCAAAAAUAAUUCAUCAAUAGGAAGUGAUCAUAAUUAACCCUUCAGCAAACUGGCUUUUGCAGGGGCCUUUAGAUCAUCAUUCACUUCCUUCAUGUGUUUCUCGAUUUAAUAAUCAAGUGUGAUCAUAGUUUUUUAUAAAACUACAUCGAAAAAUGGCCGGUGGCACGAUAUUGCAGAAAGCCAUUGAUUUGGUGACAAAGGCCACUGAAGAGGAUAAGAAGAAGAAUUACGAGGAGGCAUUGAAGUACUAUGAACACGCAGUCGAGUACUUCCUUCAUUCCAUCAAGUACGAAGCCCAGGGUGAACGUGCGAAGGACAGUAUACGACAAAAAUGCCAGCAGUACCUCGACAGAGCAGAGAAACUAAAAGCCUACCUAAAGAAGGGCAAGAAGAAGCCAGUGGCCACGGGUGAGGAAGGCGCCAAGGAGGAUAAGAAGAGCGACAGUGGGGAUAGUGAUUCCGAGGUUGACCCUGAGAAGAAGAAACUGCAGCACAUGCUGGAAGGAGCGAUAGUUGUGGAGAAGCCAAACGUCAAGUGGAGUGACGUUGCUGGUUUGGAAUCAGCCAAAGAUGCCCUGAAAGAAGCGGUCAUCCUCCCCAUUCAGUUCCCCCAUCUAUUCAAAGGCAAGAGAAUGCCAUGGCGAGGAAUUCUGCUGUUCGGUCUUCCAGGCACUGGAAAAUCCUACCUUGCUAAGGCUGUUGCUACAGAGGCAGGCAAUUCCACGUUCUUAUCAGUCUCUUCCUCGGAUUUAGUCAGCAAGUGGCAGGGAGAGUCUGCCAAGCUCAUCAAGAAUCUGUUUGAUCUCGCAAGACAGAGGAAACCCAGUAUAAUUUUCAUUGAUGAGAUUGACUCCUUGUGCUCGUCGAGGAGUGACAAUGAGUCAGACUCUGAGCGGAGGAUUAAAACUCAGUUUCUGGUGCAGAUGCAGGGGGUUGGCAGUGAUAAUGAUGGGAUUUUAGUACUGGGGGCUACUAACACACCCUGGGUCCUAGAUGCUGCCAUCAGGAGACGUUUUGAGAAACGUAUUCAUAUUCCUCUGCCAGAUGAGAUCGCACGAGCUGCAAUGUUCAAGCUUCAUCUGAGGCAGAAUGCUCAUACCCUGACGGAGGAGGACUUCAAGCAGUUGGCGAGUGAUUCUGAUGGCUACUCUGGCGAUGAUAUACGAGUAAUUGUUCGCGAGGCUCUCAUGGAGCCCAUCAGACUUGUACAGAGUGCUACUCAUUUCAAGAGGGUCAGUGGACCCUCGCCUAAAGACCCUUCGGUUAUUGUCGAUAAUCUGCUAACUCCUUGUUCUCCUGGAGAUCCUGGAGCUAUUGAAAUGAGCUGGACUGACGUCAAGAGUGAUGAACUAUUCGAGGCUCCAGUUACCAUGAAACACUUGUUAAAGGCUCUUGCAACGACCCGUCCAACUGUCAACCAGGAAGACAUAACGCAAUUAGAAAAAUUCAGGGAGGACUUUGGCCAGGAAGGCUGAACGCCUUGGCAAAAUAUUUUUUAUAUGCCACCCAAUUAUCUCGCCUUACCAAGAUUUUUAUUUUUUAUCUUAAAUGGAAACUUGAAGAAAACUACUCUUGAAUCAAUGAAACGCCUGAAUUGUUUUUACCCUCUUUUUGUCCUCCUGUUGAUCUAGUAAUUUUAUCAUGUAAUUUUUGAAGAAAAUGAAAACUAGAUAGUUCUAAUCUUGAGGAAGAUACUAACAGAUCAUAAUAUUACUUGUAAAUGUGAUAACGGGAAUUUAGAUCAGCUGAUCAUAAUUUCGUGUAUUUAUUUUGCCCCGAGAGCGAAGGAAAACUCACGAGUGGAUAAAGUAAAUCUAUUAUACAUGUUUAACAAUUCUACUUUAUAACUAAUGAAAAGAACAAUGAAAUUGCAUUAUAUAUGUAUAUUUAUCUGUGACACACUAGAAUAAAUUCACCACUAUUCUCCAA